AUGUCUGGACGUGGAAAACAAGGCGGCAAGGCUCGAGCUAAGGCAAAGUCGCGCUCCUCCCGGGCUGGUUUGCAGUUCCCAGUGGGCCGUGUACACCGUCUUCUCCGAAAAGGUAGCUAUUCGGAGCGGGUUGGAGCUGGAGCACCGGUGUACUUAGCCGCUGUCCUAGAGUAUCUGACUGCCGAAAUCUUGGAGUUGGCCGGCAAUGCAGCUCGGGAUAACAAGAAGACGCGUAUCAUUCCCCGGCAUCUUCAACUAGCCAUUCGCAACGACGAGGAACUCAACAAGCUACUGGGCAAAGUCACUAUUGCUCAGGGUGGCGUCCUGCCUAACAUUCAGGCGGUGCUUCUGCCCAAGAAGACCGAGAGCCACCACAAAGUCAAGGGAAAAUAA